UUUUUCUGUCAAACACUUUAUUUUCAGAAAUGCUCAACGCACACCUUCAGUAAAAAAACGUGACCAAAACAAUCUUAAAUCGUGUAUGAUACUGCUCAACAUGUGUAGAUCUGGUUUUCUGUCAGAUAUGUCUUUUUUAAAAACAAUGAUUAGGAGCUUGUCGGAAUAUUUAUAUAGCGUUGUCAAGAACAUCUUUUAAGACCGGAGUAAAAAGCUCUAGUACCUAUUUAAUAAGAACAUAAACUUUGUGCAUUCAGAGCUUAGUUUUCUAUUCAUAAAAUCUGUAUGUGUCAAGCGUUUUAACGCCUCCGAAUAGAUAUCUGUUCUCUUUCACAAAAGAGCUCUUACAAGCGGUUCCUAAAUAGAUAAAACAACGAACUUGGAUAUAAUUGAACACUUUUAAGUAAUGGUGACGAAGAAAUCAAAACGAAAGUAGAAACAUACGAAAGGUAUUGUGAAAAUCCAGUUUCCAUUUAAUGAAUGUAAUAAUGGGUGAGGAAUUCCUAUUGCACGCUUUCAAAUUGAAAUGCGAAUUUCAAGUUAUGGUAAACGAAAUAGUAACCGCGGAUAUUGAGGCUGGUGUGAGAAAAAUGAUUGAAUUUGUUUUGCAACAGCUAAAACAACGCUGUCCCGAAUUUGAAGUGGCUGACAUAAUACCGACAGGAAGUUUUUAUGAGGGCACAAAAGUAGGAGCACCUGACGAGUUUGAUUUCAUGCUGACUUUGGCGAAGCUUUCUGUACCCGACAAAAUUUCUCUGCAUCCAGGUUGCUCUGUGUGGUAUCCUCAUAUCAAAUUACAACCAGAGGUUGAUUUUCCGUCUCAGUAUAAGGUUAAUGUUCGUCUUGAUGGAGAACAAAGCAAAGAUAAAGACUUCCUAGGAAAUCCGAGGUUCGUAGUUCUUGACUUUUGGAAGGAAAUUAAAAAAGAAAUGGCUAGCCUUAAUAAUUCUUCUGUAAAAUUUAUUUUGCCCCAUACUAAGGGAUCAAUUUCUUUUGAACCUUGUGAGAGCAAAAAACUAGAAUUUUUCUACAUACAAAAGUCGACAUUACCCGAGAAUACCAGCAUUCAGUCAGAGGUGAAAAUUUUUCCAGUAGGGAGUUUAAAAAUUGGAGUUGAUCUAAUGCUGGCUAUGGAUCAUCCUUCUUUAGAGUCAGUAGUUGAACUGCCAGGGUUUCCUAAACGUUUUAAGGAUUUACUUUUUAAACACGGAUGCCACGUAGUUCCUAAAUCAUGCCAUAUCAAUCAUAUGGCCCGUACAAAGUGUUGGUUUGUAACCUUUUCGUGCAUGGAACGUGAGCUGAUAAGCAACAUGAAUGAGCACCACAAGAAAUGUUACAAGAUUCUGAAGUCACUUAUCAGCUGUGAUAUUAACAUGUCAAGAAAAUGCAUGAACUUGUCAUCUUAUACUCUAAAAACUGCAUUUUUAUUUCAUGUAUAUGGAGAAAACGGAUGUUUAUCUUCUGAAACAUUGUCUGGAUGUGUUUGCGACGUAUUGGACUAUAUGUCCUCAAACUUGUAUCAUACAAAGAUGCCGUGCUUUUUCGCAAGAGAUAUGAACACUUGGGGGAAUAUUCUAGAAACUCCUUGGUUUCAAUGGAAGGUAUCGGAAAGUUCCUUGGACUCCGGUUAUGCGUUUGCAAUAUGCUGGAUAAAAUUAAUGUAUGCAUUUUUAAAUCAUCUGAAAAAAAUAAUCUCCGAAAAGAAUGAAAUUUCUGAGGAAGAUUCAAAAGCCCUUUUAAAAAGAUGUGAUUAUUUCAAGGCAGCAGUUGGGAACGUGAUGAAAUACUUUGUAGAACAGAGUUUAGUUUUUCAAAUUGAAGAAAAUCCGGGCUCUUUAGGGGGUUGUACAGAGGAAUUUUUCUCAAACUUUAUCCAAUACCUGAGAAACACUUAUAAUGUAGACUUAUUUUUUCUUUUGUAGAAUAUCGAUUUGUAUAAUAAAAUAUGGGUCUUUUA